AUGAAGGACAUGGGAAUGGAUGCUUAUAGGUUUUCAAUAUCCUGGACUCGGAUUUUCCCCAAUGGAACUGGACAGAUCAAUCAGGCAGGCAUUGAUCACUACCAUAGUCUCAUCGAUGCAUUGCUAUCCAAAGGUAUUGAACCAUAUGUGACCCUUCAUUGGGACCUUCCUCAAGCCCUGCAAAAUGGGUUUCUCAACCCUCAGAUCAUACAGGACUAUGCAACAUACAUAGAGACAUGUUUUCAGAAUUUCGGUGACAGGGUGAAGCACUGGAUCACAUUCAACGAGCCACAUACAGUUGCUACACAAGCAUAUGAUUUAGGUGUCCAUGCACCAGGAAGUCAAAACAGAAUGGAUCAGUUGGGGCCUCAUUUGAUGUUAUGUGGUAUGAACCAGAAACAAACUCCACAGAAGACAUUGAAGCAGCUCAAAGAGCCCAAGAUUUUCAGCUUGGCUGAUUAUCCAAGCUCUAAGAAAAGUAAAGUUGGAAGCCGGCUGCCAACCUUUAACAAAUCUGAGGCUACUCUGAUUAAGGGGUCAUUGGAUUUUGUAGGCAUUAAUCAGUACACUACCUACUACGCCAGAAGCAAUGCUGCUGGUGGUGUAAGUGGAGACGACUACCUUUCCGACGAUGGCACCUUUAACUGUUGGUUGCUAACUGAAGAUGAUCUUUGUCUUGUUUCAACAUUCACUAAAGACGGGAGACCUAUUGGAGAUCAUGCCAAUUCUUUUUGGUUGUACAUACUGCCUCAGGGGAUGAGAAAAUUAAUGAACUACAUCAAGCAAAAGUAUAGCAACCCUCCAGUCUUUAUCACUGAAAAUGGCAUGGAUGAUCCAAAUAACCAAUUCAUUUCCCUUCAGGAUGCUCUGAAUGAAGGAUGA